AUGGAUCCAGGACUAUCCUCAUCCAGCAACGUCUCUCCAAGACCUGGGCCGCAAAGUAAUCGAAAAGAGCGCGGUGCCAUUGCAGCUCAGGCUUGUGAGACGUGCCGCAACCGAAAACAAAGAUGUGAUGAACAAAGGCCAAAGUGCGGUACAUGCCAGAGAUUCAAGCUCGACUGUCGAUACCGAGAACCCCAACCAACAAAGAAGGAUAAGACUCUGGUUGAGAUUCUAGACCGACUCAAGACUGUCGAAAGUAAGCUUGACAACCUGGGUCAAAGGGAAAAUACGACUCCUCCCCUCUUCACCAACCCUCAACCUCCAGCCGUUUAUUCCACCAACACGCCGCUACUGGUGGAUCCCGACUCCCACGAUCCUCUUCCAGGCACAUCCUUACCCAAUCAUCCUACAAGUCCAACGCCCAACCGUGACACAGGCGGCUUUCGCUAUGACUCGUCUGUGUCUAAGAUGUCAGAAUGGCCCGUUGUGCGCCAGAUGUUCGAAAGCCUUGGCCAGAAGGCUCCAUCCGCCAUGGGUGAGAUUCCUGCAAUUCCGAGAGGACUUCGCGCCUCAAACGUUACUCUGCCAUCCGACGGACUCCAAACGGUAGGAAUACCAAGUAACAGCACCCUGCAGAUACCCCUGCACCUCUCAGGCUCUACCUCGACCCUUAACCUCAGCCCCCCAAGUGUGGACUGGGAGACCAUGCAAAGACUCAGCAAGGCUUAUUUCGAUGUCAUCAACAUGCUCCAUCCUAUCUUGGACAGACAGUGGUUCAACUCGAACGUACUGAGUUCAAUCAUCAAUAAUGGAUUUCAAGAAGGAGCGCUUUCAUCCCUUGUACUGCUUGUCUUUGCGCUUGGAGAGGUGGCGCUCACCACAUCAGAAGUGCCAAUCUCGGCUUACAAGCAGCGACCAUCUGGAAUCAAGGGAGGUACUAUCGAUCGGCCACCUGGUCUUGCUUAUUUCAAUGAGGCACGGAAAAGGAUGGGGUUUGGUAUGAGUGAAGUCAGCCUGCAAAAUGCGCAGAUGUUGGCGCUUGCUUCGCUCUACUACUCAAGCUGCGGACAAGCUCUAGAAUGUUGGAGGAUGAAUGUUUAUGCGUCUUUGGCCUGCCAGGGUCUAAUAACGAGCAAACCUGACGAAUUACACGGCCCCCUAACAGAUCUGGUCAAGCGAGUCUUCUGGCACUGCUCAAUCAUGGAAACGUGCUUCCACAUGGAGUUUGGACUACACCUGACUGGGCUAGAAAAGCUGGAGGAAACAAUUGGUCUCCCUGACUUCAGUGGACCGAUGACUGACGAGGACUAUAUCGUCAAUCAACAAACUCACUUUCAUGAGCAUUUCGCUUCUCAAAUCGUUCUCCGAAGGCUCUCGGUCAAUUUCCAUUCUGUUCUCAACAAGACCUUUGGCACAGAGGCCUCUCUGCCCCCCCUUACGGGGUUCGCUCCCUUCAACAUCUCUUCGAGUCCCGGGACCGCAGCUGUCAUGAAACAACUCGACGCACAGCUAGAGCAGUGGAAGGGCAUGUUACCCAGCCAUCUAAGAUGGCAGGAUAAUCACGAUGUGGCCUUCGCGGAGCCUUCACAUAAUGCCUUUGGUGACGUAUAUACGGAAGAAUCUCUUCAGAGCAAUUGCAUGUUUACGCCGGAUCUUGAUACUCCACCAGCCACGUAUCCGUUCGCAGCCGACAUACAAACCGCACUUCUCCGAACACGAUACAGCUACAACAAACACCUCAUACACAGACCCUGCAUUUUUAAGGCUCUUCAUCACCCUGAGAGCCUGACUCGGGAGGAUGCUGAAGGUGCGGCAGAAUGUCUCAAAGCCUCGAUUAAGUGGCCCAUUGCCUUAUCACCCCCAUGUACCAACAAACGACUUGUGCCGAUCACUUUCUUCUGGUCACAGAAUCUUCUGGGCGUUCUAAUUCUGUUGCAUUUAUCGCAGCAGCACCCCAUGUUGAGUCGGAUCCGGUCGUCGCUUUGCGGGCAACGCUUCGAUGUGGAUGCCUCCCAAACGGUUACAGUAUAUUUAGACUGGCUACGCGACAUGAAAAAGAUAGAUUCAACGGCGAACUGGUGCUGGAAUAUCGCUCGCUUGGUCUAUCAAUUGGAUGAUUAG